AUGCCUCCUAAAUUCGACCCAAAUCAAGUAUUUACAGUUUACUGCAGAGCUGUUGGAGGUGAAGUUCCAGCUACCUCAUCUUUGGCCCCCAAAAUCGGCCCACUGGGUUUGUCACCUAAAAAAGUUGGUGAUGACAUCCAGAAAGGGACAGCUGACUGGAAGGGGCUGAAGAUCACAGUGAAACUGGUGGUACAGAACCGACAGGCUAAAGUAGAAGUGGUCCCCAGUGCUGCGGCAAUGAUCAUCCGAGCUCUGAAGGAGCCUGCACGUGACCGCAAGAAGGUCAAGCAUGUGAAACACAAUGGAAACAUCACCAUUGAUGACAUCAUCAGGAUUGCCAGGCAGAUGCGCUCCCGCAGUAUGGCCAAAGCUCUGGUUGGAACUGUCAAGGAAGUCUUGGGCACUGCACAGUCUAUUGGCUGCACCAUUGACAAACUGACUCCUCAUACUGUCAUUGAGAAGAUCAAUGAAGGGGAGAUUGAAAUUCCAGAAGAAUAA